AUGGCUACAUUUAUGUUAAGUCUGGUCGCUCGGGCCGUUGUACCUUUUGAUUAUGGUAUGGUAUUGUCAGAUUCGAACAUAGGGCUACUUUAUUUGUUUGCCAUAUCUUCGUUAGGUGUUUAUGGAAUUAUUACAGCAGGUUGGUCUAGUAAUUAG